AUGUCUACUGUCAAGGCCGUGACACUGCAGUCCUCUAUGUGGUCAGGUGGGAUGGGUGCUGCGGCUACAGCUGUGGAUGUCACUAUAGCUCCAGCCGAGUUGUUCGUCGACCCUCCUUCCUCUGUGGCGAUGGAGCUGGCAGUGUCAGCAGGAUACGGCAGGUCAUGGGCCUUAGAGGGCGACUGCAGUCGAAUAAAGAGGAAGGAAUGUCCCCCACAACCUGACCACAGCCUCAAACACCCACCCUCCAUCCCUUCCCAGUGUCCCCCACAACCUGACCACAGCCUCAAACACCCACCCUCCAUCCCUUCCCAGUGUCCCCCACAACCUGACCACAGCCUCAAACACCCACCCUCCAUCCCUUCCCAGUGUCCCCCACAACCUGACCACAGCCUCAAACACCCACCCUCCAUCCCUUCCCAGUGUCCCCCACAACCUGACCACAGCCUCAAACACCCACCCUCCAUCCCUUCCCAGUGUCCCCCACAACCUGACCACAGCCUCAAACACCCACCCUCCAUCCCUUCCCAGUGUCCCCCACAACCUGACCACAGCCUCAAACACCCACCCUCCAUCCCUUCCCAGUGUCCCCCACAACCUGACCACAGCCUCAAACACCCACCCUCCAUCCCUUCCCAGUGUCCCCACAACCUGACCACAGCCUCAUACACCCACCCUCCAUCCCUUCCCAGUGUCCCCCACAACCUGACCACAGCCUCAUACACCCACCCUCCAUCCCUUCCCAGUGUCCCCCACAACCUGACCACAGCCUCAAACACCCACCCUCCAUCCCUUCCCAGUGUCCCCCACAACCUGACCACAGCCUCAAACACCCACCCUCCAUCCCUUCCCAGUGUCCCCCACAACCUGACCACAGCCUCAAACACCCACCCUCCAUCCCUUCCCAGUGUCCCCCACAACCUGACCACAGCCUCAAACACCCACCCUCCAUCCCUUCCCAGUGUCCCCCACAACCUGACCACAGCCUCAAACACCCACCCUCCAUCCCUUCCCAGUGUCCCCCACAACCUGACCACAGCCUCAAACACCCACCCUCCAUCCCUUCCCAGUGUCCCCCACAACCUGACCACAGCCUCAAACACCCACCCUCCAUCCCUUCCCAGUGUCCCCCACAACCUGACCACAGCCUCAAACACCCACCCUCCAUCCCUUCCCAGUGUCCCCCACAACCUGACCACAGCCUCAAACACCCACCUCCAUCCCUUCCCAUGUCCCCCACAACCUGACCACAGCCUCAAACACCCACCCUCCAUCCCUUCCCAGUGUCCCCCACAACCUGACCACAGCCUCAAACACCCACCCUCCAUCCCUUCCCAGUGUCCCCCACAACCUGACCACAGCCUCAAACACCCACCCUCCAUCCCUUCCCAGUGUCCCCCACAACCUAACCACAGCCUCAAACACCCACCCUCCAUCCCUUCCCAGUGUCCCCCACAACCUGACCACAGCCUCAAACACCCACCCUCCAUCCCUUCCCAGUGUCCCCCACAACCUGACCACAGCCUCAAACACCCACCCUCCAUCUCGCCCCAGUGUCCCCCACAACCACAACCUGACCACAGCCUCAAACACCCACCCUCCAUCUCGCCCCAGUGUCCCCCACAACCACAACCUGACCACAGCCUCAAACACCCACCCUCCAUCCCUUCCCAGUGUCCCCCACUACCUGACCACAGCCUCAAACACCCACCCUCCAUCCCUUCCCAGUGUCCCCCACAACCACAACCUGACCACAGCCUCAAACACCCACCCUCCAUCUCGCCCCAGUGUCCCCCACAACCACAACCUGACCACAGCCUCAAACACCCACCCUCCAUCCCUUCCCAGUGUCCCCCACAACCAGACCACAGCCUCAAACACCCACCCUCCAUCCCUUCCCAGUGUCCCCCACAACCUGACCACAGCCUGACCACAGAAAAUUAUGUCAUCAGAGGACUCCUGGGGUAG